GUCGCAGCUCAUUGUUAUUCCAAGUGGAAGUGGCUGUGGCCUGUGACAGGCCGGUUACCUGUUUUGCUGUCCAGUGAUGGAUUCCCCCACCAAUCUUUUCGAUGACUCUGUUCCCGAGAUGCACGCAUUCGCUCCCACUCAAAGCUCUACGGAUCUCCCUGGAGUUCACCCUCAGCCCAGUGCCGGUCGCCCUUCUCCAGCCUUUAGACCCCCCGGAUUCCCCCUCAUCCACCACCUCCUCCAGCCAGGGGGAGCCCCCAGGAGGAUUGGAGGGCAACUCAACACAAACCUGAGCGCACACAGACACCUGGAAGACAGAGAUUUGGAGGAAGACAGAGGAGAGAGGGAUGGACAGGUGGAGCAAGGGAUGGAAGGAGGGGAGGACAGAGUGAGGGAGGGAGAGGACAGCCUGCUGGGGGUUAAGAAGAGGCACAGCGAUGCCGCCCUCGCCGCCGAGUGGAGUCAGGACGUCUUGAAAGUGAAGAGGAUGAAGCUGGAGAGCCGACCAAGAGAUGUAGAGGCUGAGGAGGGAAGCAGGAGGCGCGAGGGAGGGAGGGAGGGGAAGAGAAGAGAGAAGGAGGAACUGAAAGAACAGCUGGAGGAGGCACGAGAGAGACUGCAGGCCCUGCAGGAGAAGGUGUGGAGGGCUUUUGGAGAAAAGCACAUGGCAGAGGAGGAGAAGGAGAUGCGGUGCAGAAACAGAGAAGGAGGAGAUGGAGGAGAAGGGGAUGCUGGGAUGAUGGAGGAGGAGGACAUCACAGAAGGGUUGUAUGAUGAAGAGGACAUCGAUGGUGGAGAGAUGGAAAAGGAAACUUUCUCCCUUCUAUCGGUUUCCCCUUUUGACAACUUCCACAAACAGAGGGAGGAGAGGCAAAAAGACAGAGAAGGGAGGAGAGAGAGAGGAAGAGGAGGAGGGUUGCACUUGGAGGGCGUGAUGGAGGGAGCAGGGUUGUGGUUGGAUUGUGGCGGGCUGGUGAGGGGGGAUUGGCAUAGCGUGAUAGAAGACGAGGGCGAGGAGGGGGGGCAGAAGUUUGCUCAGGCGCUGAAGGUGGAGUUGGGCAGCGCCGUUGCUCGAGUCAUAGACCGAGUUCUCCGCCUUUACACCGAGAUGACAGACGUCACUCCUUCCUCUCCUCCCGCUGCCAUCUCUUUCCUCCCGUCUGACGCGGGGAACGACGUCGGGAGGGAGAGGGGGUUGUGGAUGGGACUACUAACGAGAGGAAGAGGGGAGGAUAAAGUGAGAGGUAAGGAGGAAAAGACGGGAAGGCAGGAUGGAGAAAGAGAGAAGCAGGUCCAAAAGAGGAGCAACGACAACGUCCCGCCUCCGGGACAGCCCCACCUGCCUGAACCGUCAGAUAUGGCGAUGCCAUUGGUUGUCCAAAGGUCACCUGACAUACGAAAAGCCCACCCACUCCUCGGCCCGCCUCUUCCUGCUCACCUCAACCCCUCUCAUCCGAACCUCUCCCUUCAUCACCCUUCUCUUCCUCGCCCUCCUCCCCUUUCUCACCCGCCCCUCCUGCCUCCCGCUUCACAACCCAAGGACCUCUCCGCCUCCUUCCACACGUCCUCCUCCUCCUCUUCUUCCUCCUCGUCCUCCUUCCCCGCGCCCCCGCCUCCUCCUCCCCCGCCUCCUCCCCCGCUCCCUCUCCCCCUUCUCCACUACUCCAUGCAGCAGCUCUUCUCUCGCUCUCUCCACCACCCUCAGCUGCCCCACCUCCCUCCGUCCCGCAAGGACUACUUGAACUCCGACCCCUUCCUGGAGUUCUCGUCUCACCCCUCAUCUCACCCCUCUUUCCCACCGCUCCCCUUGCUCGGUCACCUGGACCCGUCCCUUGUGCGCCACGCUCACGGAGGCAGAGAGAGAGGGAUGCGGGGAGACGGGGGGAUGAGAGGAGGAGGGAUGGACGGAGGAGAGCUCUACCUGACUGCUGGGGGAACCCAGGAGGGCUUGUCUCCCUGCCAUCUGAAGAAAGCCAAGCUCAUGUUCUUCUACGCACGCUAUCCCAGCUCCAACACGCUCAAGACGUACUUCCCUGAUGUCAAGUUUAACCGCUGUGUGACCUCCCAGAUGAUUAAAUGGUUCAGUAACUUCAGAGAGUUCUUCUACAUCCAGAUGGAGCGCUUCGCACGACAGGCCGUCCGCGAGGCUCUCACCCGGGAUGGUGCACCUCGUCUGGGCAGAGAGAAUCAGCUGCGAGUGGGCCGUGAUACAGAGCUUUACCGCAUCCUGAACAUGCACUACAAUAAAAGUAACGUCUACCAGGUGCCAGAGAGGUUUAUCGAGGUGUCAGACGUGGCUCUGAGGGAGUUUUACUCAGCCAUUUGGACUGGGAGAGACAGCGAUCCCUGCUGGAAGAAAGGGAUAUAUAAAAUUAUCUGUAAGCUUGACAGUCCUGUUCCAGAUGCCUUCAGACUGCCUGGCUGUCCUGUUGGCUGAUAAGCGAAUCACUUUCAUCUGGUACAAGUAUACACAUGCAUGCACAAAACACAAACUCACUGAAAGAAAGGGAUUUUAUCAAAGCAUUCCCAAACUGUACAAUUCCACACUGAGAGAACUGGUAUGAGGAAAUCCAGUCAUUUCUACUAUUCGGUUCAUUCAUAAUUCAUUCCAAAAAAAAGAAGAAGAGAAUUUUAGAUGUAUUCUGUUUCACGUAGUGUGCAGGGAAACAUACAUGCUCAAAUGGACAGACACACACACACACACACACACACACACACACAUAGCAGAGCAGUGAUAAGAGUCUUGUGACUGCACUUAUCGAGGAACGUGACCGUACUAUUGAAUUUAAACUGGACAGAGCAGGAAUUCCCUCUCCAAACAUUCCUCACCAGUCAGCCGACUCCUGAAAUCACAGUGCUGCUACACAGGUUUGAUAAAACUGUCAUGAAAAGCUAAGUUGCUGCAGCCACAGAGAUGGAAUAGACUGAGUGACUGGCUUUAGUAACAAUGUCAUGGACAUUUGCAUACUUGCUGUGUACGGCGUGUUACCGUGAGAUGACUACCGUUUUAAGCACCGCGCCCUGGCUCGAAUCCCUCAUUCACUGAAAAUAUAGAUGCACAAAAAAAUAAUUCUAUGCAUCUGCUCAGUUAUUAAAUGUACUGCUGACAACUGUUUACCAAGCAUGGGCCCCGGACACUUACAUCAUUUACUAUAAUAUGAUAUAUAAAAUGUUCCAGAUGACAAAGAGACCGCAACCUGAGUUUCUUUUUUUUCAUCAUCACAUCAUCUUUCACUGUGAGCAGAGAGCAGUGUUGCUACUGUUAAAAACCCUGCUUCAUGGUUCCUUUUUUUUAAGAGAAAGCAGUAAUACUGCAGUGCAAUCAUUAGUAAUUGUGCACAAAUGGCACCCAGCUAUCACACCCAAACAUUUCAAUGCUGCUCUCCCUCAGGGGUGUUCACAGUUUUACAUUAGAUUUGAUUGUUUGCUAGAAACGGUUAUUGUUGCCUUGAGUGUGGGCUUCUCUGGAGCGUCAGAAGUACCUGUUUUGUUCAUUGCUCCCCACAGCUUUUACAUUUUAAAUACAUUUUCCCUGGCUGUGUGGAAGCUUCUCUCUAUUUCUCCUCCACAAACAGAAAGCUGUCAUGUUUGCAUUAAUCCCCUCGUUGUUUUUUAUAUCCACUUAAGAAAUCAGGCUUAUAAAUCUUUAAAGAAAACGUGAGGACCAAUCAUAAUUAUUGUUAAUAGUAUAUUGUAACUUUUUGGUUAUUUAAAAAAAAAAAAACAUUUAAUUGUAAGUUUUUAAAAAUGAAGUUGCCCUUUUUUAGAAAACUACCAGGGCAAUGGUUUCAGUCAGUGGAUUUCUUUUUGCCUGUAUAGCCAUCUCUUUGUUCAAUAUUGAAUUAUAACAUCACUUUUGUACAUGAUGGCACAAUGUAAUCAAAAUGUAAUUAAAAUUCUGCAAAGAGGGACAAUAUAUUGAAUUUAAAAUAUUUAAAUUAAUGUUUUUUUGUUUCCUUGACGUACUGUUAUUGUUGAAAUAUUUACUUCUGUUUUUGUAUUCCUUUAAUGUGAUGCUAAACUAAAUACUUAAGUUGUACAGUUAGUAUAUAUCAACAUUCGUUUCCCAGAGGUAUUGCAGAAACUUUCAUUCGAUCUACUGUAUAUCAUGACUCUUUUAUCUGGAGGAAACUUGGGUUUCUGUUCAUAAAGAUGUUGAUUGACAGCUCCAGAUAAAGUCCUCCUCUGGCUUAAUCACACCUCUGUGAGACCGAGCCCAGAUAUGUCAAAUAUUUGUGAUGUGUUUUCAAGUGCAUGUUUCCUAUAUUUGCAUUACAUUUGUAUUGUAAUCUUUUUCUCUGGUUGCUUUUAUUGGUUUCACUUUCAUAUUGUACAUAUUUAGAUCUGUGCCUCACACAGACUUUUGUGAUUUUGGUGUUUAAACUUAUCAGUGAA